ACGCCUCAUUAAUUUUCCCAGGCCUGGUGACGGAAUCAGGUCGCGUAUAAAAGGCGGCACCUGCACCGCUGGAGAGCCAGAAAGGAGCAGGAGCAGUAACCAAUUGGCGCUCACAGAAGAAAAAAAACAGUCCAAACUGCAAAAGGGAGAAUGUAUCUAAAUAUCUCAGUUUGCUGUUUGUCUCUUCUGCUGCUUAAUGUUGUGAGAGCCAAACCCAUUUCUGACCUCCAGAGCUUGCAGCAGCUUUUAGAAGACGACAUCAGCACUGCGCCCCUCUUCUCCUCAGAGGAGAAGAUGGAGACGGAGGGGGAAGAUGUCAACACAGACAAGUCUGUGUUCGGAGCUCCGGAGCUGCAGCAGACGUGGAAUUCCUCCUCCGACCUCAUCAACUCCGCGCUGACAGCUAAAGGAAACGCGCUCGCGCGUCUCUUCAAAGACUUAACCAGGACCUCCAAGCGCUCGUGGAGCCGGUACAAGAAGGGUGGACUGAGGAGCUGCUUCGGGGUCCGUUUAGAGAGGAUCGGCUCCUUCAGUGGAUUGGGAUGCUGAGGUGCAGAUGACUCAUUAUGCAUAUUGUGAUCAACUCCGGAGCUGUGACUGACUCUGAAAGACAAACCCCCAUCCCUUUUUUUCAUACGUCAGCUAUUAAACAAUAAAUUAUUAAAAGCUUAUUUAUUAUUUAUCUGUAUGUCUUUAUUAUUUAUAUUUAUGUCUGAUAAAGUGGAAUUUUCUUUGUUUAAAGACUGUGCUGUAGUAAAACAUUUAUUUUGCAUAAUAUCCGUGUCCAGCAGUUCUUUGGUUUCUGUGAUAAUGCACCUAAAAGCAUCUUUACAUUUUCAGAGGGAAUAAUAGAGUGAUAAAUAGAGCUCACGCGCUCCUUUAUGUUUCAGAUCUGUGAUCUGUCUGAACGCAGAGUUGUUGAUAUUUUUGUAGGGGAUUGAUCACAUACAGAUUCACAGCACCGCUGGGCCACAGCUGCAGCAGAUGCCAGAACACAAGACCCCCCAACAAGUUCCCGAGGCGCGAAAUAACGAGCCAAUGGUGGCAAAGCGAAGUCAGGGCCUUCCGGCAGUCAGUCACACAUCAUGACUGACAUGGAAG